AUGGAUAGAAGGUGUUUUGCCAUUUUAUGUCAUUUACUAAGAACGAGUGCUGGAUUAGUCGGAACAGAAGUUAUAGAUGUAGAGGAGAUGGUUGCCAUGUUCCUGCAUAUAUUAGCUCAUGACGUGAAGAAUCGAAUGAUACAAAAGGAAUUUGCACGGUCUGGUGAGACUGUUUCUAGACAUUUCAACAUUGUCUUGUUAGCGAUUUUGCGGUUACACGAUGAGUUGUUGAAAAAACCUCAGCCAGUAACAAACUCGUGCACCGAUCCAAGAUGGAAAUGGUUUGAGAAUUGUCUUGGUGCGUUAGAUGGCACAUACAUUAAGGUGAAUGUCAGUGCAAUCGAUCGUCCAAGGUACAAGACACGGAAGGGUGAAGUUGCGACAAAUGUACUUGGUGCUUGUGAUACAAAAGGUGAUUUCGUGUUUGUUUUAUCCGGAUGGGAAGGAUCAGCCGCUGAUUCCAGAAUUCUUAGAGAUGCAAUAUCAAGACAUAACAGACUAAAGGUUCCGAAGGGGUAUUAUUAUCUAUGUGAUGUUGGGUACCCAAAUGCUGAGGGUUUUUUGGCGCCAUAUAGGGGAGAAAGAUAUCAUCUUUCAGAGUGGCGUGGAGAAAGUAAUGCACCAACAACAGCUCGAGAGUUCUUCAACAUGAAACAUUUGUCGGCACGGAAUGUCAUCGAAAGAGCAUUUGGGUUGUUGAAAGGUUGCUGGACAAUUUUAAGAGGAAAGUCAUACUACCCAGUCGAUGUCCAAUGUCGAACAAUCAUGGCGUGUUGUCUGCUACAUAAUCUUAUCAAUAGAGAAAUGACUAACAGUGAAAUAAUCGAUGAUUUGGAUGAGGGUGAUUCAACAUACGCAACAACUGGAGGUGACGAGAUUAAUUACAUUGAGGCUUCAAACGAAUGGAGUGAAUUGAGGGAUCAAUUGGCUCAUACGAUGUUCAGUGAUUGGGAGUUACGUGACCAGUAG